GGGGGUAUAUAAGGGAGCUCCUCCACCAGCCAGACAUCAUCGUCCUCGACGCUUCACCACACACCAGACAUGAAGCUCGUAGUCCUCACCUGUCUGGCCACCUUGGCCGUCGCCGCCCCUCAGCUCCAGGAUAACCAGCCCCUGGCGCUGGUCCUCCGUGACGACCGUCAGGACAACGGUGACGGCACCUUCAACUACGUCUUCGAGGCCGACAACGGCAUCACAGUGGAAGCCUCCGGCACCCCUGGCUCAGCUGGUCAGAGCAACGUUCAGGGCGCCUUCAGCUACCCUCUGCCCGACGGCUCCUUCGCUGAAGUAAGCUACACCGCCGAUGAAUUCGGCUACAAUGUCAAUUCCCCCCUGCUGCCCACGCCUCACCCCCUCCCCGCCCACGCCCAGGAACAGAUCCGCAUUGCCGAGGAGCAGCGCGCCCAGGGCAUCACCUUCGAGUAACCUGACGACGGCUGACUCACUCCAUCACCUCAAAUACCUGUCAGCAACUGAGGGCUAUAUAAAUAUAUGUAUAAUAUUUAACAAUAAAGUUUAAAACAACACAACGUCUUUAUUUU